AUGGCUACCGCAGAUUUGCCUCGGAUAAUAUUGACUCUUAUAGGACUUAUAGUUGUAAUAACUUUCAUUGUAGUCAUCUGGGAAUGGGCAACGCUUUCUGUUGUGACAACGAGCACAGGGACGUCAAGUACAAAGUGGCAAUCUAAUACAUUUGUUGAAAGAAACAAAUAUAUGUACAAUAACUCAUUCACAAGCGAUGUUAAGUUCACAUUUGGAAACAAUCAAUCCGGAGAAGUGUUCUACGCGCACAAAUAUGUACUGGCGACAAGCAGUCCUGUCUUUUACGAAACGUUGUACAGCAAAUCAGGGGAAAAUAUCACGGACAUACAUCUACCAAAUUCUGAUAACGAAACAGUCGCAGAUUUCUUUGGCUUUCUCUAUAACGAGAAAUGCCCAACGGCAACAAAUAUUGAAAAAGGUUUACAGGUAUUGCGCUUGGUAAUGCAUUAUCAGGUUACUUCGUUUGAUGCAGCUUGUAAAAAUUAUAUGAAACCAACAGCACAACAGGCAUUUAAGUUUCUUGAGAAAUUCUUGGAACUCAAAGCAGAAAAAUACAUUAGUACAUGCUUUAAUUACAUAGAUACGUUUGCCGAUGGGUAUUUCACAUCAGAAUAUUUUCUUAAUAUUAAAUUGGGUACUCUGGAUGCUUUACUGCGACGCGACACACUCGACUAUAAAGAAGUGAAACUAUUCAAAGCGCUUGUAAAAUGGGUUGACCACCAAUGUUCGCUACAGAAUUUGGAAGCAUCGUACGACAACCGACGAAAGAUUCUGGGCAAUGUAAUAUAUAACAUUCGAUUUUUACAGAUGAACUUGAAUGAAUUUACAACCGAUGUUAUUGGUGUUGGUAUUUUAAGUGAUCUUGAAAGUAUUAGUAUAAUAAAGGCAAUUACGGGUCAUCAUGUACAAGAUUUAAUAUGGGAUUACCCUAGUCUACGACGCCAGAGGAGUUCUAAAUUGAUUACAAGUUGGCGGACGUAUGGUACAGUAAUUAUCAUUGUCUGUGGCCUUGUUGGAUUCUGGUGUUUAUACGCAACGAAUAGGAAAGAAAAAAUUAAAGUUGGGUAUUCGGGGGAAAAAUUAGGAAAGUCACAGUAUUCCCCACAUUUUUACGAGAAAUCUAAUACGAAGACGGCGAAGUGGUAG